AUGAAGGCCUUCUUUGCAACUCUCGCCCUCCCUCUUUUGGCCGCGGCGGCUCCGGCCCCGCAAGCCACCGACGCCAACCCGCCCUUUAGCGUCAUGGCUAUCCGUUCCGCCUCACCUAUUCACUAUAUGCAGAUGAAUGCCGCGGGCCAGAAGUUUUGGCUGGGCGGCAAGACCUCAUCCUACUGCCCAACCGAGGUGGUGCAGGACUGCCCCCCUGGCAACCAGACCGUCCUGGCUCCGGGUGGCAACGCCCUGGAUGUCGAGGUUCCCGGUGGCCAGCAGGUCUACGUUGCCCCCUCCGGCGCUCUGAGCUUCACACAGGCCCACUCCGCCAACAUCCCUCCCGGCUCUGCCGUCGGUGGUCUGACGUACCAGCCAGGUCAGCCCUGGUCGCACUACACCUUCAAUGGCUGGGGUGCCAGUGGUUUCAUGGCGUGCCCGACCAGCGACAACCGCUGGCAGGUGUUCGCCGCCAUGAAGAACGCGACCGUUCCCUCUGGCAAUGUUAGCGACUGCCUCGGCUUCUCCGCCAUGGCGCUGCCUUACAAGGGCGAGGUUCCUGCCUGGCAAUACGCCUAA